AUGGAAUCUUUGCAUGAGCCAAAGGGUGACCGGAAACCGGUGCUGAUUGUUGUCAUGGGCGUAUCAGGUACAGGGAAAUCGACGCUGGGUGCAGAGCUUGCGAAAGAGCUGGGGAUACCGUUCAUCGACGGCGAUGAUCUUCAUCCACCUGCAAAUGUAGAAAAGAUGGCUUCCGGGCAACCACUGACGGACGCAGACAGGGAACCAUGGCUUGAGCUCAUUCGGACGACUGCAGAGCACAAAUCUGUAGAGCUUCAGGCGGAGAAGGGCUGUGAGAAAAUACACGGAUUGGUCGUCGGAUGUUCCUCGCUCAAGAAGUAUUAUCGGGAUAUUCUGCGAGGCAAACGAAAAGAAGCAGCCGAUACAAAUAGCGCAGUGCUACCAGAGCAUCUCGAGCCUCCACAUCCCGACCUUUUACCGACAUAUUUUGUGUUCAUCAAGGGUUCAAGGGAAUUGCUGCUAGGUCGAAUGCAGAAAAGAGAAGGUCAUUUCAUGAAGGCGAGCAUGUUGGAUAGUCAGCUGCAAACUUUGGAAAGCCCAGAAGGAGAAGAAGGUGUGUUUGUGGUAGAUGCUGAGGACUCGACUGAGCAGCAGAUUGCAAAGGUCAAAGAAGGUCUGGAGAAGUUAGACGUGUAA